AUGACAUGUUCAGAUAGAUAUUUGUCCACUGCAUCGUUGUUCAAAGAAAUCAGAUCCUGCGCCAUAUGUUUCACAAUCAAAAUUGCGUUGAAAGAGCAUCUGGUAUCUUUAAAAUUGAUGAUAUGGCACAACAGGUUUAAUAGCGGGGCCAAAAGGUUCAAGUCUCCAAAGAUGAUCUCUCUGGUUUUCAAUUGUCUCUGGUUCAAGCUUGCUGGAGCUUGUUGGCCAACAAGAUCGAUCAACAUCCUAUCAACGACGGCUGUGAGCUGA